GCUUUGCAAACCCCGCAGGCGCCUGGCGAGAGUAGAGCAAGUGGGCAUGCUGGCCAGGCUGGAGAAAUCAGAAGUCAGGGUCGUGGGCCGGGUCUCUAAGCGUCCGCAGUCCUGUAGAAGCCACCGCGGGUGGAGUGUCGGGGGCUAUCGUUUUGUAAAAAGCACGGAAACGGAAGGGACCUGUGUGGUCCGUGUUGCCUUGGUCCAGGUUGGAAAGCGGGUCUUUUGGCAGCGUCCUUUGCUCGCAUUUCUGCUUCCGGGUUCCUCUGUUCUGUGCAGCCUGGAGGAGCUUCUUUAGGAGGUGGGCGCUAGGCCUCCUCGAAGCUUUUGAGACCCUGGAGUGUGGCCUUGGUCGCUGGUUCGAUUCCGGCUCGAAGGACUUCGUACGAUCUUUUUAACCUUCUCUUCUUCGCAAGAGAAAAACUUACCUAGAAACCCACUGAGUUUGCGCACUGCCGGAGUUCCUUGAAAGAUGUAUGCGGUAAACACUCGAGGUGAGUCUUUUUCAGGGUCCUUUUUGAUCCCUGCCUUUUUCUCCUCCCGGUAGCAAGGCCGUUAACCGUCUUACGAGAAGACACGGGUGGAAUCCUCCAGCCGCGCCUGCAGGUCGAGCCCGCAAACAGCACCGGCUCAGCUCUCAGGGCCUGAGUGGUGCAGGAGGAUGCUUUCCCAGCCCCACCAUGGAGCUGCGCUGUGGGGGAUUGCUGUUCAGUUCUCGCUUUGAUUCAGGGAACCUAGCCCAUGUGGAGAAGGUAGAAUCUGUGUCUAAUGAUGGGGAAGGAGUAGUGGGUGGGGCAUCAGCCUCCACCAGCAGCAUUGCCUCUUCCCCUGACUAUGAAUUCAAUGUGUGGACCCGACCAGACUGUGCUGAAACGGAAUUUGAGAAUGGGAACAGGUCAUGGUUCUACUUCAGCGUCCGAGGAGGAACUCCAGGGAAACUCAUCAAGAUCAAUAUCAUGAACAUGAACAAGCAAAGCAAGCUGUAUUCCCAGGGCAUGGCUCCCUUUGUGCGUACACUGCCCACUCGGCCACGCUGGGAACGCAUUCGAGACCGGCCCACCUUUGAGAUGACAGAGACGCAGUUUGUGUUAUCCUUCAUUCACCGUUUCGUGGAAGGCCGUGGGGCCACCACCUUCUUCGCCUUCUGCUACCCGUUCUCCUACAGUGACUGCCAGGAUUUGCUAAGCCAGCUAGACCAGCGCUUUCUGGAGAACAGCCCUACCCACAGCAGCCCCCUGGAUACCAUCUAUUACCACCGGGAGACCCUCUGCUAUUCUCUGGAUGGACUUCGUGUAGAUCUACUGACGAUCAGUUCCUGCCAUGGGCUUCGAGAAGAUCGAGAGCCCCGUCUAGAGCAGCUAUUUCCUGAUGCCAGCACCCCCCGACCAUUCUGUUUCACAGGCAAGAGAAUAUUCUUCUUAAGCAGUAGGGUACAUCCUGGGGAGACUCCAUCUAGCUUUGUCUUCAACGGUUUUCUGGACUUCAUUCUUCGACCUGACGACCCCCGGGCCCAAACCCUACGUCGCCUGUUUGUCUUUAAGCUGAUUCCCAUGUUGAACCCUGAUGGGGUUGUCCGGGGUCACUACCGCACAGACUCGCGUGGAGUGAAUCUGAACCGCCAGUACCUGAAGCCUGAUGCAGUCCUGCACCCGGCCAUCUAUGGGGCUAAAGCUGUGCUUCUCUACCACCACGUGCAUUCCCGGCUGAACUCCCAGAGUCCCUCAGAGCACCAGCACAGUUCCCAUCUCCCUCCUGAUGCUCCCCUCUCUGACCCUGAGAAAGCCAACAGUCUCCAAAACAGAGCUCACCUUGGGCGCUCAUCCAGCGGGGAUAAACCUGAGGCGUGGACACAGACUGAGGUAGCCGAGCAGAAGCCCAACAGCGUGUGGAUUACAUCACAGGAGUCAGCUGAGGUGGAGCAGCCGGCCCCCGAUGCCAUCCCCCCCAGAGAGAGCGGUGUUGCUUACUACGUGGACCUGCACGGACAUGCUUCCAAAAGGGGCUGCUUCAUGUAUGGAAACAGCUUUAGUGACGAGAACACCCAGGUGGAAAAUAUGCUGUAUCCAAAGCUCAUCUCCUUGAACUCAGCCCACUUUGACUUCCAGGGCUGCAAUUUCUCAGAGAAGAACAUGUAUGCCCGAGACCGCAGAGAUGGCCAGUCUAAAGAGGGAAGCGGCCGGGUUGCAAUCUACAAAGCCUCAGGGAUAAUCCACAGCUACACACUUGAAUGCAACUACAACACUGGACGCUCAGUAAACAGCAUCCCUGCCGCCUGCCAUGACAACGGGCGUGCCAGCCCCCCUCCCCCGCCGGCCUUCCCUUCCAGAUACACUGUGGAACUGUUUGAACAGGUGGGACGAGCUAUGGCCAUUGCAGCUCUGGACAUGGCGGAGUGCAACCCGUGGCCCCGAAUCGUGCUGUCGGAGCAUAGCAGCCUAACAAACCUCCGGGCCUGGAUGCUGAAACACGUGCGCAGCAGCCGAGGCCUGAGCACCACUGUGAACAUGAGCAUCAGCAAGAAGAGAGGCUCUCGAACUCCACCCAGAAGUAACAACGGACUGCCUGUUUCCUGCUCUGAAAACACCUUGAGCCGUGCACGAAGUUUUAGUACUGGCACAAGUGCUGGUGGUAGCAGCAGCAGCCAACAAAAUUCUCCACAGAUGAAGAACUCCCCCAGCUUUCCUUUUCAUGGCAGCCGGCCUGCGGGGCUGCCAGGCCUGGGCUCUAGCACCCAAAAGGUCAGCCACCGGGUGCUGGGCCCCGUCAGAGAGCCCCGAAGCCAAGAUAGGAGACGGCGGCAGCAGCCAGUGACCCAUCGCCCUACUUCAAGCAGCCUGGCCCCAUCCCCAACUCCUGCUAGUUCUAACCUAGCCUCUUCACACAUGGGCUCCUGCCUACUGCCCAACUCACUCAGCAUAUCAGGGAGCAGCUGCUCAUUCCUGUCUUCAGGAGACAAGACAGAGGCCGUCAUGGUGAUUGGGAAAGGUCUGCUGGGGGCUGGACCUCGGAUCCCCUGUAUUAGGACCCGACUGCAGGCUAGGCCCAGGUUGGCCCAGGGCUCACCGCCGACUCGCAGAGGGAUGAGAGGCUCUCCAGGCCCCACAUCCCCUCUCCCCCAGACCAAGAAGAGCAGUGAGCUGGAGCUGGGACCCCGCUGCACACCACGGCUGCCUCAAGCCGGGCCUCCACGGCCCCGCUCUGCCCCCGCCUUUUCUCCUAUUUCCUGUAGUCUGUCUGACUCCCAGUCUCGGAUUUGUUAUAGUGGGGGGCCCUUGGGCCAAACCGAUGUUUGUUUUGUCCCUAAAUCUCCCCCAUUCACUGUUUCUCCCCGGGUCUGAUGCCUUCAAGCCCAGGAUAUGACCCCACAAUGGGGAACACAGUGACAAAUGUGCUAGUCCCCUUUUUCAGCUGCUGAUUCCACGUGACAACUCUGUGUAACUUCUUAGAACACCCACCACACUGUUCUGAGACAUUACAAAGCAUCACCUUGAGACAGGACAAAGCAGGGACCUGCCACCCCUUCCCUCCCUCCACAGCACAAGAUUUUGGGACCACAAAAAUAUAUAUAUUUUUUUAUAUUGGGGGGAGGGAGUAGAAAAGAAAGUAGCCCCUAUACUGGGCCCUAUUCAGUGGCAGCUUCUUGUUCCAUAGGGUUAAGGAAGACUUUGAGGAAAUAAAAGUUGUUUGGAAAAAUC